UGCGCGGUGUCCAUGGCAACGUUAGAACAAGAUGGCCUCCGCCGAGGAAGCUCCUAGUGUGGCUGACAGUAUAGUCACAGAAUUCUCAACAUACGAGGCAUACCUCGAUUCACAGAUAACCCCAACUGAUCUUUAUUAUCUAGAGGAUGAAGAGCUUGCAAGGCAGCUUGUAGAACUGGGAUACAGGGGGAGUGGAGAGGUAAUAAAGAGAGAAGAAUUUGAGACGCGUAAAAUUGCAGCAGCUGCUAGCAAACUAUCAAGAAGAGAUCAAACAAAGGAUCUGACUCAUACUGGCAAAGACUUGAAAGGGUGUGUAUUUUUGGAAGCUCUUGCUCAACGAGAAGAAGCAAACAGAUGUGGAAAGAUGACGACUAUACUAUUCAUUCGUGACAGAAACUCAAAGGGCCAAGAGAUAUCAGGAUACAUUGAUUAUGCUCACAGACUAAAGACUGAGGAUUUUGAGCCAUUCUUCUUAGGACGUAAAAAGCUCCUGCCAAGACGCACUGACCUUAGCUUCUAUAACUGGGACACUAAUAUAUGCACAUCCAACUCAACCCCAAACUAUGAGAUUAUUGCUGACUCAACAAUCGGGCUGAUCUUCAAAAACAAGAGAGACAGAAAAGUCAUCAACGUUGAUCCUAAGGCAUCACCAGGUGAUAAUACCACUCGUACUCAAGUAGUAACUAGUAAAUACAUCCAUGUUAUCCUCUACGAUCAUAUCACUAGAAGAAAAGCAUAACUUGAUUGAUUAUAUUGUGGAUACAGUACUUCAUACAGUAGUAGCUGUAUGUGUAGCUACAUGCAUGUAGCUUUUUAAACCAUGUACAGUGUACAUUUAAUAAAAAUUUAUUAGUGAUAUCUUAAAUCAGAACUUUCAUUAGA